UAACAAUGUAUCUGGAACUGUCCAUUAUGAGCCGGGUUCCGUCAGACCCGCAGAGUCAUCAAGUCAGGUAUGUCCAGCAGAAGUCCAUCAUGAGAUCAGAUUGUGCAUCUGGAGUCAAGCCUAAACAAGACCAGAAGUCCUAAGCUCAUUCUCUACCCAGAAUUGUAUUAAAAACAAGUUCCCAUACUACUUCAGGGAAAACCAGCAUACACAUGAAACUACUGUUCUCUGAGAUCAACUUAUCUCAGACAGAAUGAUUGACCAGCUCCAAGGAACAUGGAAGUCCAUUUCUUGUGAAAAUUUCGAAGAAUACAUGAAGGAGCUGGGUAUAGGAAGAGCCAGCAGGAAACUGGGCCGUUUGGCAAAACCCACUGUGACCAUCAGUACAGAUGGAGAUGUCAUCACAAUAAAAACCAAAAGCAUCUUUAAAAAUAAUGAGAUCUCCUUUAAGCCGGGAGAAGAGUUUGAGGAAAUCACGUCAGGUGGCCACAAAACAAAGAGUAAAGUAACCUUAGAUAAGGAGUCCCUGAUUCAAGUUCAGGACUGGGAUGGCAAAGAAACCACCAUAACGAGAAAGCUGGUGGAUGGGAAAAUGGUGGUGAAUCCAUCCUGCUCCCUUUCAGAUGGUUUCCCAGGUCACCUUCCCCACUUCUCCAGAGUAGAAGAAUGUGUGUUCAUGAUUUUCCUUCUCUCAAACCCCCACCUAUACCAAAAUGAGUAAAAAGGAAAGUACUGUGAACAGUGUUAUCUGUACACGAACAUACGAGAAAGUAUCAUCAAACUCAGUCUCAAACUCUUAAGGCUUUCUCAAGCUGUCCUCCAAACUACUGAGGUUGUUUAAAUAAAACUCCAAAGUAAAAUAUUACGACUAUUAA